GCGGACAUAUUUUAGUGAGACACCUGGGACAAACCAAAAGUUUAGCGACGAUUUAUCUUUUCGUUUUUUUUUUCCCUUCAGUCAGUUCUAUCAACCUUUAAACUGUAAACAUAUGCGCUGGACUAAAAUGAACGAACCUGAAAGAACAUCAAUUAUAUUCGGGAUCUAAACGUAUUAAGGCUCUGAAGAAGAAGUUAAUCUCAUAGACCAUUCCGUAUGACUUCCUUCCUCUACCAUAACAAACAUGUCACAUGGGUGAAGUUCUGUCCGCUCUAAUGUCCACGAACAGCUCACGGACACAGUUAUAUGAUUGUUUAACCGUGUAAAAGUAUAUAAGAUGGCAAAGAAGAAGACUCGUGGAGAGGGUUCGGGGUUGGGGAGAGCUUUAAUAAAGGAGAGACUGAACGCAGGCCGUGGAUACAGGAGAAACGACACAUGGCUUCACACCAGUGAGCUGAAUGAUGGAUAUGAUUGGGGUCGACUCAACCUACAGUCUGUCACAGAGCAGAGCUCUCUGGACGACUUUCUGGCCACAGCUGAACUUGCUGGAACUGAAUUUGUUGCAGAGAAGCUGAACAUAAAAUUUGUCCCAGCUGAAGCGAGGGCCGGCUUGCUUUCUGCUGAGGAGUCCACACGACUGAAGAAACUCCAUGAGGACAACAAACAGUUCUUACGAAUUCCCCGAAGGCCUCCUUGGGACGAGAGCACAAGCCCUGAGGUUCUGCAGCAAAACGAGAGGGACAGUUUCCUUAUAUGGAGAAGAGAACUGGCUCGGUUGGAAGAGGAACAGAAGUUGAUUCUUACCCCUUUUGAGAGGAAUCUUGAUUUCUGGAGGCAACUCUGGAGAGUCAUUGAGAGGAGUGAUGUUGUGGUACAAAUUGUUGAUGCCAGAAACCCGCUUCUCUUCCGCUGUCUAGAUCUUGAAAAAUAUGUAAAAGAGGCCUCAGUUCACGAAGUAAACAUGCUUCUUCUGAACAAAGCCGACCUGCUCACUAGAGAACAACGGCGAGCUUGGGCCCGAUACUUCCAGAAAGAGGGGAUCAGAGCAGUGUUCUGGUCUGCUUUAGCUGAGGCACAACGACUCGAGGCGGAGGAGAAGGGAGAAGAGCUGAUGGACCAAGAGGAUCAGAGUGAUACAGAACAGGAAGCAACCUCCAAAAAUGUCACAGAUCUUCAUGAGGAAAAUAGCACUUCACCUAAUGAAGAGAAAGAUGACAGUGAGCAAGAGGAAGAAGCGGAAAGUGAAGAAGGAAGAGUUUGUGUCGAUGAGACAGAAUGGCAGACAUGCUCUGAGGAAUCAGGAGACGAAGAUCAUGCUGAGGAGAAACCAGAAUCCACAACGGUUUCAUCUUUCUACAACUCCAGCCGUUUGUUACGCAAAGAUGAGCUGCUGGAAAUGUUUAAGUCUGUGCAUUCUGGGCCGACCUGCAAAGAUGGACAAAUCACAGUUGGACUGGUGGGAUAUCCUAAUGUUGGAAAAAGCUCUACCAUCAACACCAUCCUGAGGAAUAAGAAAGUCUCCGUUUCAGCUACACCUGGACACACAAAGCAUUUUCAGACUCUGUUUGUUGAUCCUGGUCUCUGCCUGUGUGAUUGUCCUGGACUGGUCAUGCCUUCUUUUUUGUCCACCAAAGCCGAGAUGAUUUGCAGCGGGAUCCUACCCAUCGAUCAGAUGAGAGAUCACGUUCCAGCCAUCUCUUUGGUAUGUCAGACUAUCCCUCGAACUGUGCUGGAGGGGACCUACGGAAUCAACAUCAUCAGACCAAGAGAGGACGAGGACCCUGAUCGAACCCCCACUUAUGAGGAGCUGCUCAUGGCAUAUGGAUAUAUGAGAGGCUUCAUGACAGCACACGGCCAGCCAGACCAGUCAAGAUCAGCCCGUUACGUUUUGAAAGACUAUGUCAGGGGUAAGCUCCUUUACUGCCACCCUCCACCCCACAUCAGCCCUAAAGACUUCCAGCCUCAGCAUGCCAGGUUUGCCAGGCAGAGUGGAGGAGUCGAACAGAUUGCUAGCGAUGCUGACAAACCCUCAAAAGUCAAACGCAUAGAGAACACAGUGGAUAAACAUUUCUUUCAUCAAGAAAAUGUGCGAGCACUGACCAAGGGUGUGCAGAUGGUGAUGGGUUAUAAGCCCGGAAGUGGUCCUGUUGGGCCUGGAAACACAAACACAGAACAACAGACUGGGAAACCCUGGAAAAAACACGGUAACCGGAACAAGAAGGAGAAAGUGAGAAGACUCAACAAACAUCUGGAUGCAUAAUCCCUAUACUAAGAUGUUUAUUGGAUAUACUCUUUAAUGCAAAGACUUUAAUUUCACCAUGGCUUAUACCAGGAUGGGAUUGAUAAGUACUGCUGGACAUUCCCCUUUGUAUGAAAUAUCAUCACUCAUAAUAAUAAACUAUCACUCUGUAUUUUAUCAGUGUAUUGAAUGAAAGAGAGUAAUGGACACAAACAAAUGCUAAUAAAUGAAGAUCUCCUUAUGAUGUCCUUAAAAGUAAUUUUGUUCUAUACUAAAAUUGUGGAUUCCAUUUUCCAUUCCAGUAGAAUAUGUGGAUGUCUAACAAAGCUGACAAUGAUAAUAUAUU